CAGGACUUUGUGCUUCUUUUACUUUUUUUACAGAAGGAUGAAGAUGUUCCUGCUGUUCCUGCUCCUCGUGAAUGUUUCCCAGCAUGCCCUGGCUGUGCUGGUGGAGGUGAACGAGGGGGCGGUGUCUGUCCUGCUGCCCUGUCAGUACUCAGGUUUUAUACCUGAGGACCCCACAGUGAUGUGGACUCACAGUGAUCUCAAUCCCAAAACUGUCCAUCUGCUCCGAGAAGGAGGAGAUGAUCUUAGAGGACAAAACCAGCGUUACAGCGGACGCACAUCAGUGAGGUCUGAUGCUCUGGACUCUGGAGACUUCAGCCUCACUCUGAGGAACCCACAGCUGACUGACAGCAGCAGCUACACCUGUUCCAUCAGUGAUGGAAGACAAGAACAGAGACUGAGAGACAUCCAGCUGCAGGUCAAAGACCAGCAGGUGGAGGUGAAGGUGGAGGAAGGCUCAGAGUCUGUCAUCCUGCCCUGCAAAACAACACCUGACCUGCCCGAGGACACCAGGGUGGAGUGGACUCGCUCUGACCGAGGACUCAUGGUGGUCCAUGAGUAUUCUAAUGGAAGUGACCACCUUAACAAACAGGACGGUUUUUACAGAGAGCGAACGAAGAUGAAUGAAGACCUGCUGAGAACUGGAGACCUCAGUCUGACCCUGAAACAGCCCACACAGAGAGACACAGGAGGAUACAUCUGCACCAUCUACAGGGACAAAGACAUCCUGAGACACAAAGUAGUGCUGCAGGUCAAAGAACCAUUUCCAUCCUGGGCCAAAGCUCUCCUGGUUCUCCUGGUUCUUCUUCUGGUUUCUGGAGGUCUUUUAUUUUACUUUCGUCAGUACUUCAUGUCAGUUUACAAGGUGGAGGUGGACUCAUGGGUGGAGUCUGUCCAGCUGCCCUGCAAAACUGCAGUUUGGCAGCUCAAAGACGCUAAAGUGGAGUGGACGGACAGAAAGAACAGGAAGGUCCACGUGUAUCAGAGCGGCUCUGACCAGCCUGGAGAACAGGACAAGGUUUACAGAGGCCGAACCAAGAUGAAGAGAAGCCUGCUGAAAACUGGAGACCUCAGUCUGACCCUGAAAUACCCCACAGAUGAAGACAACUCCACCUGCACCUGCACAAUCAGCAGGGCAGGAAACAUCCUGAAGAAGAAACAAGUGUUGCUCACUCUCAAAGUCCCUCAGGUGGAGGUGGAUUCAGAUGCUAAAGUGGAGUGGAUGGACAAUUACAGCUACAACACAAAGGUCCAUCUGUAUCAGAACGGCUCUCAUCAGCCGGAAGAACAGCACAGGGUUUACAGAGACAGAACGAAGAUCAAUGAAGACCUGCUGAAAACUGGAGACCUCAGUCUGACCCUGAAAUACCCCACAGAUGAUGACACAAAAACCUACAUCUGCAGCGUCUACAGCAGGGAGGGAAACAUCCUGAUGAGGAAACAAUUCGAGCUGAAAGUCAGAGGUCCAGAAUCAAACAGGGAACAUCAGGAGCAGAAGCAGCUCCAUUGA